AUGGUCUCCACGCGACACCAUCCAAGAGAGUUUCCCUCGCCUGAAAAGGCCGCGAAGGAACUGGUCAAGUCUUCGCCCGCCACCGUGACCAACGGCACCUCGCGCAAAUGGGUCCAUACCCCGUCCGUCGCGCUCACGAUCUGGCUUUUUGUCUCGGUGCCACUGGUCGCGUGGGAUGCAGGCUACGUUCUGUUGCGCCCGCAUAGCAUGCCUGGCGGCCGGCUGCACUCGCCCAUCUGGACCCCAUAUGCGCUUUACGGCACAGUCGACUACAUCUACGGCUGGCCCGCCUACAAUGCGCGCAAUGGUUUCACCGCCGCGCAGACCGUGAUGAACCUGGUUGAGACCGUCGGCUACCUCUACUACUUGUGGAUUGUGUACUGCUACGGAUCCACGGUCGCGAGCGGUCGCGGUGCGCGCAAGAGCCAGAAGGGCCUCGUGUGGAUGUUGACCGGUGAAAAGGUCGUCGCUGGCCGCACGGGCGCAAUCGCGCUCCUGGUCGCGUAUACUGCGUCGGCCCUGACCCUCAGCAAGACCGUGCUUUACUGGCUCAAUGAGUUCUUCUCGGGCUUCGACAAUAUCGGCCACAAUGACCUGUCGGCUCUGAUCUUCCUGUGGAUCAUUCCCAAUGGCCUCUGGAUCGUUUUCCCUACCUACAACAUGUACGGUCUCGGUGUGGAAAUCCUGAAUGCACUCGAGCAGGCGACACCGCGCGGAAAGCCUGGCCGCCCGAAAUCCUCAUAG